AUGUUCUCCCUGCUCCAGCGUUUCCAAACAGUUUCCAAUCAAGCAGUUACGUACCUUUGUUUGAUAGCAGCAUUUAUUGCUUUGAGUUCGUGGCUGCAACUGGUACAAAACGAUGCAUUCUCAAUACCAGUAAGCGUCAGCAAUAUUAGACCAACACUCAAUGUUAGAACCAGCAGAUACUAUGGAUCACAGAAUGGCAAGCCCAAACAGAACUCCAAGCUAGCUUUCGAUCUCGAUGCAGACCUCGGUCGCCUUUUCAAUUGGAAUACGAAGCAGGUAUUUCUGUAUCUGACAGCCGAAUACAAUGGAUCAGAAAGACCAGAGACGAAGAGUGAGGUUACAUAUUGGGAUAAGAUAAUCACUAGCAAAGCUGAUGCUCAUUUGAGCUUGCAUGAUACCAAGUCGAAAUACAGUGUGUGGGAUCUUGAAGACAAACUUGAAGGCAGAGAGUUAACCUUCAAAUUGAAGUGGAACAUUCAGCCUUGGGUUGGGCCCUUGAUCUAUGGCGAAACAGCUGGAAACGAAACAAUCAUUUUGCCAAACAUGAAGCAAUCACAGAAAAAGAAGAAGCCAAAACAAAGCUCCACUUGA